AUGUCUACUACAUUUGCACGCCCCAUCAACCAUGUCGCAGUCUCUGUCGAGGAUAUCGAAGCCGUAACCACCUGGUACACAACUAUCAUGGGCUUCGAAAUAAUAGGCGGCAAAAUCGCCCACAUCAAACGCUCGGAAAGUCCGGAGUCACCCAUUUUCGCGAUUUACGGAGACUCGCUUCGAGAAGUCAAGCUCGCAUAUAUGGCUACUGGCAACGGCGUCGGUUUCGAAGUAUUUCAAUUUCUAGACCCUGAGUUCGUCAAGAGCGAGACAGUGUUUGAAUAUAAUCGUGGUGGCUUUUUUCACAUCUGCGUCACGGAUCCGAAGCCGGAUGAACUGGUGCAGAAAAUCCUGGAGGCGGGUGGGAGUAGACAGGGAAAGACCGUGAAGCUGACGGGAGGAGUCACUUGUGUCUAUAUCAGAGAUCCUUGGGGAAAUAUUGUCGAGAUACUUGACGCAAGUUUCGAGAGGUUGACCACCAUGGAUACCGCUAAUUGGUAG